ACAAACUCAAAGCGAAAACAGAAAAACAAGAAAUUUAGGGAACAAAAUAUAAGUAUAGAGCCAAUUCGGUUAAGAUUGUCGCGCUGCAACGCAUAAAAGAAACAUGUGAGAGUGCCGAACACAGGCUGUGGAUUAUUGCGUGACGUGCCCAGACAGACUCUCCGAUUCCGGGCAAGCGAACUAUAACCUCAAAGUCUCAACUGGACGUGGGUGCACCUGCUUCGCAUUGCAGGCGCUUGGGGCUUCUCCCCUGACCCAAGAUUGAAUUGUAGCAUCAACAUGUCGACACCAUCGAAUGUGCAGCACUUCGUUAACGGGCUCAAGUCCCGCAAUCGCAAUGUGCAAAACAAGGCGGCGCAGGAUCUCUUUCUGUAUGUCAAAACGGAACUGCGUGAAAUGUCUCAGGAGGAGCUAAUGAAAUUCUUUGACGAUUUCGAUCAUCACAUCUUUAACAUGGUCAACUCACCGGACAUCAACGAGAAAAAGGGUGGCGCCCUCGCAAUGAAGUGCCUCAUUAGCGGCGAUGCCUUGAUAACGCGCAAAGGUAUCUCUCCCUACCUCAAUCGCUUGCGUGAUCUACUGCUCAUUAACGAUGUGUCCAUCAUGGAAAUAGCGGCUCGCUCCUUGGUCAAACUGGCUAAUAUGCCCGGCUCUAAGGGAGCUGAAUCCUUUGACUUUGACAUCAAAAAGGCCUUCGAGAUGCUCAGCGGCGACCGACAAGAGUAUCGCCGUCAUGCGGCCGUCUUCAUUUUACGAGAAUUGGCCAUUGCGCUGCCCACGUAUUUCUAUCAGCAGAUUCUUACGUUUUUCGAGCACAUAUUCAACGCGAUCUUCGAUCCAAAGCCAGCGAUACGCAAAUCAGCUGGCGAGGCACUACGAGCCGCCCUCAUCGUCACGGCACAGCGCGAGAGCACCAAGCAAUCGAGCGAGCCGCAAUGGUAUAACAUCUGCUACGAGGAGGCGAGCAACAGCUUCAAGACCGAAGUGCUCACGGGCAAGGAGCAGAAGGGAAUGACGCGCGACGAUCGCAUACACGGCGGCCUCAUCGUCUUCAACGAGCUCUUCCGUUGCGCCAAUGCGCAAUGGGAGCGACAAUAUACAACGCUGAAGAAGCUCUUCCCAAAGUCGCAGCACAACAAGUUUCUGGAGGCGGGCAGCUCCUCAUCUGUGGGCAGUCAGCUAACCACGAUUGUGCCGCGCCUGAAGGUGCCCUUUGUGGAUAAGCUGGGUAGCACACAGAUGCACAUGGAUAGCGAGCAGCACAAUGGCAUUGGCAAUAAGCUGGCAAGCCACAAUGUGCUGGAAUCCGCUUACGCGCACGAGAUACUUAAGAAGCACUUCAUCAAAAUUUGCGACAAUGUGCUGGAGCAGCGUUCGUCAAAGUCACUGUAUGUGCAGCAGGCGCUGCUGCAGAUAAUGCCACGUUUGGCCGCUUUUAAUCGUGAGGUGUUCGUGGAGCAAUAUCUAAAUAGGUGUGUGGCACAUUUAAUGGCGAUAUUGCGUGGCAAGGAAAAGGAUCGCAAUGUGGCCUACAUCACAAUUGGCUACAUAGCCGUCGCUGUCGAGAGCGACAUUGAGAAUCUGCUCAAGCCCAUCAUGAGCAACAUUAAGCAGGCGCUGCCACUCAAGGAAUUAGCCAGCAAACGUAAAGUGCCCGUCGAUGCGACAGUCUUUGCGUGCAUCACGCUCCUGGCGCAUGCUGUCAAAUCCCAAAUCGCGGAGGAUGUACGAGAAAUACUUGAGCAGAUGUUCCACACGGGUCUGUCGCCGGCGUUGACCGUUUGCCUGCGCGAACUGGCGGAGAAUGUGUCGGAACUGAAGUCGGCCAUUACCGAAGGUCUGAUUGGUGUGCUCUUCCAGGUGCUGAUGAAUAAGCCGGCGGCCAUUCCGUAUGCCACCAUGCCACCCAUUAGCAUUGAUGCCUCCCUGAUGCUGCAGAGUGCCGAUAGUCCAACCAUUGUCCUCGCUCUCCGCACGCUGGGCACCUUCAAUUUCCAGGAGCAGAAUAUGCUGGACUUUGUGCAACGCUGUGCGGACUUUUUCAUUGUGCACGAGCAGCAGGAGAUUCGCCUGGAAGCGGUGCAAACGUGCACGCGUCUGCUCAAGCUGGCCGUAAAAGAUUCGGCGGAGAGCAUGGAGAACUCCAAGACGUUGAGCGAUACGGUGUCGCAUGUGAUUGAACGCCUGCUGACGGUGGCCAUCACGGAUAUGGAUUACAAUGUGCGCAUCCGCAUUCUCCGCUCGCUGGAUGAGACAUUCGAUGCGAAACUGGCGCAGCCGGAAUCGCUUAAUGCGCUCUUCAUUACGCUGCACGAUGAGAUCUUUGAGAUACGUGAACUGGCCAUGGUCACCAUUGGACGACUGUCGUCCAUGAAUCCCGCCUAUGUGAUGCCCAAAUUGCGCACCACAAUGAUCGAGCUGCUCACGGAUCUGAAGUACUCGGGUAUGAGUCGCAACAAGGAGCAGAGCGCACGAAUGCUGGAUCAUCUAGUCAUUAGCACACCGCGUCUCAUUUCAUCCUACAUGAAUCCUAUACUGAAGGCACUAGUGCCCAAGCUGCACGAACCGGAAUCGAAUCCGGGCGUGGUGCUCAAUGUGCUGCGUACAAUUGGUGAUUUGGCCGAGGUCAAUGGUGGCUCCAAUGAAAUGGAAUUGUGGGCAGACGAGUUGCUCUCUAUACUGCUCGAGAUGCUCGGGGAUGCGGGCAGUCCAGACAAACGGGGCGUGGCCCUCUGGACACUGGGUCAGCUGAUUAGCGCCACAGGUCGUGUGGUUAGCCCCUAUCACAAAUAUCCGGUUCUCAUCGAUAUACUCAUCAAUUUUCUGAAGACCGAACAGCGUCGCUCCAUACGACGUGAGACGAUUCGUGUGUUGGGUCUGCUUGGCGCUAUGGAUCCGUACAAGCACAAGAUGAACAAGGGUCUGAUCGAUAGCCAAAAGGAUAAUGUGCUAAUUGCCUACUCCGAUGGCAAAUCGGAUGAGAGCCAGGACAUCUCGUCGGCCGAACUGCUCGUCAAUAUGGGCAAUGCCCUAGAUGAAUACUAUCCGGCCGUGGCAAUUGCCGCACUCAUGCGCAUCCUACGCGAUCCCACGCUGAGCACCCGUCACACCAGUGUUGUGCAGGCCGUCACCUUUAUCUUUCACACGCUGGGCAUCAAAUGUGUGCCUUAUUUGGCCCAGGUGCUGCCCAAUCUGUUGGACAAUGUGCGCACGGCUGACAAUAAUCUGCGCGAGUUCCUCUUCCAGCAGCUGGCCAUCCUUGUGGCCUUUGUCAAGCUGCACAUCAUCAGCUACAUGGAUGACAUCUUCAAGCUGAUCAAGGAAUUCUGGACAAUCAAUACGCCGCUGCACUCCACGCUGAUCAAUCUGAUUGAACAGAUUGCCCUCGCGUUGGGCUGCGAGUUUCGGGAUUAUCUGGCGCAGUUAAUACCACAAAUUUUGCGUGGUCUGCAACAGGAUAGCUCCAAGGAUCGCAUGGACACACGUCGACUGCUCCAGGCACUGCAGAAAUUUGGCAGCACUCUGGGCUACUAUUUACCAUUGAUUCUGCCGCCCAUAAUUAAGUUCUUUGAUUCACCCUAUGUGCCGCAGCAGGUCUCGCUGGUUGCCCUGGAGACCAUUAGUGUGCUGGCCGGUCAAUUGGAUUUCUCCGAUUACUCGUCACGCAUCAUUCAUCCGUUGGUGCGUGUGCUCGAAACCGAACCAGAGCUGCGGGAACAGGCAAUGACCACGUUGCGUUCCCUAGUCAAACAGCUGGGCAAAAAGUAUCUGGUAUUUGUGCCCAUGGUGCAACGCACCAUGAGUCGUCAUCGGAUCGUGGACCCCGAAUAUGAGAAGCUACUUACCCGCAUCCAAUCCAAUAGCACCCUGGCCGAUCCGUGCGGCAUUAGUUUUGGCAUUGGCAUUCAUUUUGGCCAGCGCCAAGCCAAAUACAAUGAACCCUUUGUCCUGGACAGCAAUAGCAGCAGUAAGAAUCUAAAGGUUUCAACGACAGCGUUGCGCACUGCGUGGCAAGUGUCGCGUCGCGUCUCCAAGGAUGACUGGGUCGAGUGGCUGAAGCGUCUGUCCGUCGGUUUGCUCAAGGAGUCGCCGUCACAUGCGUUGCGCGCCUGCUGUGUCCUCGCCCAGGAUUACGAUACCCUGCUGCGGGAUCUCUUUAAUGCCGCCUUCAUCUCCUGCUGGACGAAACUGUCGAAAGAGCAUAAAGACGAACUAACCCAAUCGCUGAUCCAGGCACUGAAGAUCACAGACAUGCCAGAGAUCACACAGACCAUUCUCAAUCUGGCCGAAUUUAUGGAGCACUGUGAUCGUGAUCCCAUUCCGUUUGAGACCCAACUGCUGGGCACCCGGGCGAUGGCGUGUCGUGCCUAUGCGAAAGCCCUGCGCUACAAGGAGAAGGAGUUUGUGGAGCGCCAGGAGGCGCCCGUCUUCGAAUCGCUAAUCCUCAUCAAUAACAAGCUGCAGCAGCGCGAGGCAGCCGAGGGAUUGCUCACCACCUAUCGCAAUUCGGCGAACAAGGGCAAUGUCCACGGACGCUGGUACGAGAAGCUACACAAUUGGGAUCAGGCUCUGCAUCACUAUCAGCUCAAUUUGAAUGCGGACACAAAUGAUCUGGAGGCGCGUCUGGGUCACAUGCGUUGCCUGGAGGCGCUCGGCGAUUGGUCGCAGCUGAGUAGCAAGUGCAAAGAGGAAUGGCCCAAAUUCAGUACCGAGGACAAGGCCAGGGCGAGUCCAUUGGCCGCCGUUGCCGCCUGGGGCCUACAGGAUUGGGAGGGUAUGCAGGAGUAUGUGCGCUGCAUUCCCGUCGACACCCAGGAUGGCAGCUAUUAUCGCGCCGUGCUGGCCGUUCACCGCGAGGAGUACGAGACGGCACAGCGUUUGAUCGAUGAGACGCGAGAUUUGCUGGACACCGAACUGACCUCCAUGGCGGGUGAAUCCUAUGAACGUGCCUAUGGCGCCAUGGUCUGUGUCCAAAUGCUUGCCGAACUGGAGGAGGUUAUCCAAUACAAACUCAUACCGGAUCGUCGCGAACCGCUGAAAGCGAUGUGGUGGAAACGUUUGCAGGGCGGUCAGCGUCUGGUUGAGGAUUGGCGUCGCAUCAUCCAGGUGCAUUCGCUGGUCGUCAAGCCGCACGAGGAUAUACACACCUGGCUAAAGUAUGCCAGUCUCUGUCGCAAGAGCGGCUCUCUGUAUUUGUCGCACAAGACGUUGGUCAUGCUGCUGGGCACCGAUCCGCAGCUGGCGCCGGAUGAACCGUUGCCCUGCAAUCUGCCCCAGGUCACGUAUGCAUAUACCAAAUAUCUGGCUGGGUCCGGCGAGCCCGAGCUGGCCUACAAGCAGCUGGAUGACUUUGUUAAUACGUAUAGUGCCCAACUGACUUGCCUGCCGCCAGAGGCACGCAAGCCGCAGGAUCAGCGUCUGAUGGCUCGCUGCUAUCUGCGCCUGGCCACGUGGCAGAACAAACAGCACGAGAAUCGUUCCAAUCAGGACGCGGUGAAGGGUGCUCUCGAGUGCUUUGCCCAGGCGACAUCCUAUGAUCCCAACUGGUACAAGGCCUGGCAUCUGUGGGCCUACAUGAACUUCAAGGUGGUGCGCGAGAAAUCGCCCUCUGGUCUGGACAGCGAUCGUUCCAUCAUCCAGAAAUAUGCGGUGCCGGCGGUGCAGGGUUUCUUCCGUUCGAUUAGCCUGAUCCAAGGCAAUUCGCUGCAGGAUACGCUGCGUCUGUUGACCCUGUGGUUUGACUAUGGCCAUCAUGCUGAGGUUUUUCAUGCGCUCGACUCUGGCAUGAAGGUGAUCGAGAUCAAUACCUGGCUGCAGGUGAUACCACAGUUAAUUGCACGCAUCGAUACACAUCGGCGACUGGUCGGCCAACUCAUCCAUACGCUGCUCAUCGACGUUGGCAAGAAUCAUCCGCAGGCGCUCGUUUAUCCCCUGACCGUUGCCUCCAAGUCGGCAUCGCUAUCGCGUAAAAAUGCCGCCUUCAAAGUGCUCGAUUCGAUGCGCAAACAUUCACCGACUCUCGUCGAGCAGGCGGUCAUGUGCAGCGAGGAGCUGAUUCGUGUGGCCAUACUGUGGCACGAGCAGUGGCACGAAGGAUUGGAGGAGGCAUCACGUCUCUACUUUGGGGAUCGCAAUGUGAAGGGCAUGUUCGAGAUUCUGGAACCGUUGCACGCAAUGCUGGACCGCGGACCGCAAACCCUCAAGGAGACAUCCUUCUCGCAGGCGUACGGCCGUGAACUGACCGAGGCGUACGAGUGGACGCAACGCUACAAGACUUCAGCGGUGCUCAUGGAUCUGGAUCGUGCCUGGGAUAUCUAUUAUCAUGUGUUUCAGAAGAUUUCGCGACAGCUGCCGCAGCUGACAUCGCUGGAGUUGCCUUAUGUGUCGCCCAAGCUGAUGACGUGCAAGAAUCUGGAAUUGGCUGUGCCGGGCUCAUAUAAUCCCGGCCAGGAGCUGAUACGCAUUAGCCAUAUCAAGACCAAUCUGCAGGUGAUCACGUCCAAGCAGCGGCCGCGCAAACUUUGCAUACGUGGCUCCAACGGCAAGGACUAUAUGUAUCUGUUGAAGGGGCACGAGGAUCUGCGGCAGGAUGAGCGUGUAAUGCAGCUAUUCUCGCUGGUCAACACACUGCUGCUCGACGAUCCGGAUACGUUCCGGCGCAAUCUGGCCAUUCAACGCUAUGCGGUCAUUCCGCUGAGCACCAAUUCCGGACUGAUUGGCUGGGUGCCGCACUGUGAUACGCUGCACACGUUGAUCCGUGAUUAUCGCGACAAGAAGAAGGUGCCGCUUAAUCAGGAGCAUCGCACCAUGCUCAACUAUGCGCCCGACUACGAUCAUCUGACGCUCAUGCAAAAGGUUGAGGUCUUCGAAUAUGCUUUGGGACAGACGCAAGGCGAUGAUCUGGCCAUGCUGCUCUGGCUAAAGUCACCGUCAUCGGAAUUGUGGUUCGAGCGACGCAACAAUUACACACGCUCCUUGGCGGUCAUGUCCAUGGUGGGCUAUAUACUCGGCCUGGGGGAUCGACAUCCAUCCAAUUUGAUGUUGGAUCGCAUGAGUGGUAAAAUUCUACACAUCGAUUUCGGUGAUUGUUUCGAGGUGGCAAUGACACGUGAAAAGUUUCCGGAGAAAAUACCGUUCCGGCUGACACGGAUGCUGAUCAAGGCGAUGGAGGUGACGGGCAUUGAGGGCACCUAUCGACGCACUUGCGAGAGUGUGAUGCUCGUGCUGCGACGCAACAAGGACUCACUGAUGGCCGUGCUUGAGGCAUUCGUCUACGAUCCGUUGCUCAACUGGCGACUCCUCGAUGUGGACAAGAAGGCGAAUGAGACGACGACGACGUCGUCGGCGGCAGCUGUCGGAAGUGGCGGCAGUCCGAGCAACUCCAAUGAACAGGAGUCUCUGCUGCAGGGCAAUCCGAUGGCCAAGUCCAAGACGUAUGAGCCACAGUUGCCGCACGGCGCCCUAUCCAAUGUGGCGGAUGUGACCAGCGGCAAGGCCAGCAUGGUCAUACAGCGGGUCAAUCGCAAAUUGACCGGCACCGAUUUCCAAAUGAGCAAGAUGACGGAGCAGCAGCAGGUGGAGCUGCUCAUACAGCAGGCGACGAACAAUGAGAACCUCUGCCAGUGCUAUAUUGGCUGGUGCCCCUUCUGGUAACUGUCCUGACUGUCCCCUCCUCCAUCCGCCACCUCCUCCUCCUCUUCCUCCUCCCAAUCAAUCCAAAUCUCCAGGCCCAUGCACCCAUCUGAGACUGAGCGAGACAACAAAUACAUGCAUGCAGUUACAGUUACAGUUACAAAUACACACACAUUUAUAUUAUGUAUAUGUAUGUAUAAUUUAUAUUAGAGAUACGCUUCAUUAAAACUUUAUUGUAAAUUCCAAGUUGCAAUUAAAUUCCAAACUUUUUGUUAAGCCCGAGCCAAGCACUGGCAUCUAUCUAAACAUUUAUAAAACAAAAAACACUUUCUGGCGUAGCCGUGGCUCGGAACAUCGAGCAUCUGAAGCAGAAAACCACCAGCCACAUGAAAUUCAAAUUACAAAGUAUAUAUAUUUAUUAUAAUAACUAAAGCAAAGUGUGAACGUGAAUUUAUGCA